GAUUCAAACUGCACGGAUUAAGGCGUCAGUUAACCGGCUUCAGCUCAGGAUCUUCGCAUGGAUGGAUAUGACUGAGAGAGUAGCAAGAUCGAGUCCGAGAUAGAUCCUGUUGACUAGGACAGUCGUUGCUCUCUCUCUCUCUCCCUCCUCUGCAUCCUAGCACUGGGUCGAGUACUGAAGAUCUCCUCUAUAAAUAAGCCGUUAAUUAGUUGAUCAUCACUGGGAGCUGCAGCAGCAACAACAGAGUGACCAUCUGUUGAGUUAGACAAGAGAUCGAUCAUGGCGAUGAGCAGGAGCACGACGACGCUGCUGAUGUGCCUGCUGGCGGUGGCGGUGGUGUCGCUGGGAGGCGCGGAGGCGAGGAGGCAGCAGGGGAAGGGGACUCUGGGGUUCUACGAGCUGCGCAGGGGCGAGUUCUCCAUGGUCGUCACCAACUGGGGCGCCACCAUCCUCUCCGUCAGGCUCCCCGACCAGACCGGGCACAUCGACGACGUUGUUCUUGGGUACAAGAAGAUCGGAUCCUACGUGAAUGACACGACCUACUUCGGCGCGCUGGUGGGCCGCGUGGCGAACCGGAUCGCCGGCGGGCGGUUCACGAUCAAGAACCACCCCUACCACACCUACAAGAACGACGGCAACAACACGCUCCACGGCGGGCACCGCGGCUUCAACCAGGUGUUCUGGUCGGUCCGGGAGCGCGUCACCGGCGAGUUCCCCUACAUCACCUUCUCCUACCGCAGCUACGACGGCGAGCAGGGGUUCCCGGGCGCGCUGGACGUGCUGGUCACCUACAAGAUCGACGGCGACUACUCGUACAGCGUCACCAUGUACGCGCGGCCGGUGGACAAGCCCACGCCCGUGAACCUGGCGCAGCACAGCUACUGGAACCUGCGCGGGCACGGGCGGGGCACCAUCCUGGACCACUCCGUCCAGAUCUUCGCGUCCGCGGUCACCCCCGUCGGCGCGCACCUCAUCCCCACGGGCGCCGUCACGCCCGUCGCCGGCACGCCGUACGACUUCCGCACGCCGGCCGCGCCAGGCGCGCACAUCGCGGAGGUGGAGGGAGGCUACGACAUCAACUACGUGCUGGACGGCGCGGAGGUGGACGGGCAAGGGGUGCGCAAGGUGGCGGUGGUGAGCGAGGCGACGUCGGGGCGGGUGAUGGAGCUGUGGGGCGACCAGCCCGGCGUGCAGUUCUACACGGGCAACUUCCUCAAGGGCGACGAGGGCAAGGGCGGCGCCGUGUACGUGAAGCACGGCGGGAUGUGCCUGGAGACGCAGGACUACCCCGACGCCGUGCACAACGCCAAGUUCCCCACCGAGAUCUACCGCAAAGGCCAGGUCUACAAGCACUACAUGCUCUACAAGUUUUCACUCGCGCCAAACAAGUAGGAUUAUUGGCUCUCGCAGGAGAACGGAGAAGAUCCAUUGUAGUAGGAUGAAGAUCCAUUGAAGAAUGGCUUAGAGUUUGAUAGGCUAUAGAAAAUAAGCUUGUAGAGUCCUGCUACUCAAAAUUAAACGGGAAGACACUCGAC